GGAAGCGCGGGAAAGCCUGUCAGCUGUAAUAAAAUUCCGCAUAGUUUUACGCAAAACCGAAUUGUACACAAAACGCAAACUUAAUUAAUUCAACGACAAAUAACUCUUUGAAUAUAAAUUCUAAACGUAGGAAACCAAAAACCUUUGAUAUUUACGACGUGAGCCGCUAGUAUUUUUUUAUCAGCGCACGCAAUCCAACAGAAGGAGCACAAAAAAAGUCCGCCGCUUGCAGCGUCUGAGAAAAAAGGCUGAAAGUCUCGCAGUCUCCCAAAGAACAGCAGAGUCCCAAAAGUACAGUCAUGGCCAAGGUGCAUAUCACAAACGUUGUGGUGCUGGACAACCCCAGCAGCUUCUUCAAUCCCUUCCAGUUCGAACUGACAUUUGAGUGCAUCGAGGAGCUGAAGGAGGAUCUCGAAUGGAAAAUGAUCUACGUGGGCUCGGCAGAGUCCGAGGAGCAUGACCAAGUACUGGACACCAUUUACGUCGGCCCCGUGCCCGAGGGUCGUCACAUAUUCGUCUUCCAGGCCGAUCCGCCAGAUGUUAGCAAAAUUCCGGAACAGGAUGCUGUUGGCGUCACCAUUGUGCUGCUGACCUGCUCGUAUCGCGGGCAGGAGUUUGUGCGUGUUGGCUACUACGUGAACAACGACUAUGGGGAGCAGGAGAUGCGCGAGAAUCCGCCCACCAAGCCCCUGUUCGACAAGCUUACGCGCAACAUACUCGCCAGCAAGCCGCGCGUCACCCGCUUCAAGAUCAACUGGGACUAUGGCCACACCAAUGGCAAUGGCAAUGGAUUGCCAGAGAACAACGGUCACACAGAUGAAAUGAUGAUUGACGGACCAUCCACAUCGCAGGUGGCACAGGCAGGUGCCCAGGAGCAAGAGCAGCAGGAGCCGCAGCAACCGGAUGAUGACAAUAGCCUGGCCAUGCCCAUUGAAAAUGGCAUCAAGGCACUCAACGAGAAUUCCAAUUCUCUGGCAAUGGAAUGUUGAGAGGCAGUCCAACUGCAACAAACAC